CGCUGCAGGAAGUUCAGGAACUCGGUCACCGCCCCAGCACCCCCCUCCCCUCAGCCUCAUCCAUUGUUGGGCAAUAAUCUGCGACAUCGAAACAAUCUUGACCGAAACUUUUCAGGUAACUAGCUGCUGGAGAUCACUCUUGGUGAUCUCUUGUAUCUACUUUUCGACAGUUCUUCGUGAAGAAGUACCGUGCGCGGUUAUAGGAUCGCAACUCAACUGAGGGAGGAAAAGGGAGGAAAAGUUUUGAAGCAAGGAACUCCGUAAUUCCCAUUCCUCCAUUUUGAACUUUUAAACUAUUGUCCGUGGAUUGUUUCCAAAUUCCAGACACCAUGACAAACAUCAACACCGCUAACAUCAACUUUAAAUGGGACCCAAAGAGUCUAGAGAUUCGUACUCUGGCUGUGGAGAGGCUGCUGGAGCCCCUGGUCACACAGGUCACCACUUUGGUAAACUCCAGCAACAAAGGCCCGUCCAACAAGAAGAAGGGCCGCUCCAAGAAGGCUCAUGUUUUGGCGGCGUCGGUGGAGAACGCCACCCAGAACUUCCUGGACAAGGGAGAAAAGAUUGCAAAGGAAAGUCAAUUCCUUAAGGAUGAGCUUAUUGCCGCCGUGGAAGACGUCCGCAAGCAAGGUGACUCCAUGCGGCAGGCUUCUGGAGACUUUGCAGAGGACCCUUGCUCCUCCGUGAAGAGGGGCAACAUGGUCCGUGCUGCCAGAGCCCUGCUGUCAGCAGUCACACACCUGUUGGUGCUGGCAGACAUGUCUGAUGUCUACAAACUUCUACUGCAGCUUAAACUGGUGGAAGAAAAUCUUGUCAAAGUGCGUAACGCUGGAACGGAGCAGGACCUUGGGAUCCAAUAUAAGGCCUUAAAACCAGAGGUGGAUAAGCUGAACAUGAUGGCCUCCAAGAGACAGCAGGAGCUGAAGGACGUCCACCACAAGGACCAAAUGGCGGCUGCCCGCGGGGUGCUCCAGAGGAACAUCCCCAUGCUGUACACGGCGUCCCGGGCCUGCCUCCAGCACCCUGACGUGGCGGCCUACAAGGCCAACCGUGACCUGAUCUACAAGCAGCUGCAGCACGCCGUCUCCGGCAUCUCCAACGCCGCUCAGGCCACUGCCUCCGAGGACUCGGCGCUCAAUCACCCGCCGGGCGGCGGAGAGCUCGCCUACGCCCUCAACAACUUCGAUAAACAAAUCAUCGUGGACCCGCUGGCGUUUAGCGAGGAGCGCUUCCGUCCCUCCCUGGAGGAGCGCCUCGAGAGCAUCAUCAGCGGCGCCGCCCUCAUGGCCGACUCUUCCUGCACACGCGAUGACCGCAGGGAGCGCAUCGUGGCCGAGUGCAACUCUGUGCGCCAGGCUCUCCAGGACCUUCUGUCUGAGUAUAUGGGCAAUGCUGGAAGGAAGGACAGGAGUGAUGCUCUGAACACUGCCAUCGACAGGAUGACCAAGAAGACCAGAGACCUCCGCAGACAGCUGCGUAAAGCUGUCAUGGACCAUGUCUCCGACUCUUUCCUGGAGACCAACGUCCCCCUCCUGGUCCUGAUCGAAGCGGCCAAGAAUGGCAACGAGAAGGAAGUCAAGGAAUAUGCCCAGGUGUUCCGCGAGCACGCCAACAAGCUGAUCGAGGUGGCCAACCUGGCAUGCUCCAUCUCCAACAAUGAAGAGGGAGUGAAGCUGGUCCGCAUGGCAGCAUCUCAACUGGAAGCUCUUUGCCCCCAGGUGAUUAAUGCAGCGUUAGCCCUCGCUGCCAAGCCCAACAGUAAGGUGGCCCAGGACAAUAUGGAUCUGUUCAAGGAGCAGUGGGAGAAGCAGGUCCGCGUCCUCACCGACGCCGUCGAUGACAUCACAUCCAUUGAUGACUUCCUCUGCGUGUCUGAGAACCAUAUCCUGGAGGAUGUGAAUAAGUGCGUCAUCGCUCUGCAGGAGAAAGAUGUCGACGGUUUGGAUCGCACUGCUGGCGCAAUUCGAGGCCGCGCCGCCAGAGUCGUCCAUGUGGUCACUUGCGAAAUGGACAAUUAUGAACCUGGAAUCUACACCGAGAAGGUCUUGGAGGCCACCAAGCUCCUCACUAACACAGUCAUGCCACGGUUCACGGAGCAAGUGGAGUCUGCAGUGGAGGCCUUGAGCGCAAACCCCUCCCUACCCGUGGAUGAGAACGAGUUCAUCGACGCGUCCCGUCUGGUAUACGAUGGCAUCCGCGACAUUCGCAAGGCUGUCCUCAUGAUCAGAACUCCAGAGGAGUUGGACGACUCUGACUUUGAGACUGAAGACUUUGACGUCCGCAGCAGGACCAGCACGCAGACGGACGACGACCAGCAUUUCGCCGGCCAGAGUGCACGGGCUAUCAUGGCCCAGUUGCCCCAGGAACAGAGGGCGAUUAUUGCCGAACAGGUGGCGAGCUUCCAGGAAGAGAAGAGCAAGCUGGAUGCCGAGGUAUCCAAGUGGGACGACAGCGGCAACGACAUCAUCGUGUUGGCCAAGCAGAUGUGCAUGAUCAUGAUGGAGAUGACAGACUUCACCAGGGGGAAAGGGCCUCUGAAGAAUACCGCCGAUGUCAUCAGCGCUGCCAAGAAAAUUGCCGAGGCCGGAUCACGAAUGGACAAGCUGGGCCGCACCAUUGCUGACAACUGCCCCGACUCCACCUGUAAGCAGGACCUGCUCGCCUACCUGCAGCGCAUCGCCUUGUACUGCCACCAGCUCAACAUCUGCAGCAAAGUCAAGGCCGAGGUGCAGAACCUGGGAGGAGAGCUUGUCGUCUCCGGGUUGGACAGCGCCAUGUCCCUCAUCCAGGCCGCGAAGAACCUGAUGAACACGGUGGUGUCCACUGUCAAGGCCUCAUACGUCGCCUCCACCAAGUACCAGAAGAGCAAAAACAUGGAGGCCCUGAACAUGCCCGCCAUCUCCUGGAGGAUGAAAGCCCCCGAGAAGAAGCCGCUGGUGAAGAGAGAGAAGCAGGACGACCAAACCAACAAGGUCAAGAGGUCCUCUCAGAAGAAGCACAUCAACCCCGUGCAGGCUCUGAGCGAGUUCAAGGCCAUGGAUAGCAUCUAGACGAGUUCAGGAUGUACAGAGAACACACUAUUAUUGACCAAUGAGUUUAUAUAUAUAUAUAUAUAUAUAGAUGGAUAAAGCGCGUCGUUCUGUAACAAGAACCGGUUUUAUCGCGUUUGUUCCACCUUUGCGUAGACGACUCGUCUGUACGACCUCUUCUAUUCCUACACUGCCUCCUUUCUAUUCCAUACAUUCAGAUGUGCUGAAGCGUUAACUGUCUCUUCUCAAGGAAAAUGCAGUUAGAGGGAAAUCAACUGGACAAAAUGCAUUUUUAUUAUUCUUAUUAUAUAUUUCCCCUUUUUUUUUUUGUUUCUUUCAUGUUCAUGGGAGGAAGAGGGAGCAGAUUUCAUAGAUGUUAUAAGAACUAAUUCCAAGAGGCUUGUGAUUAUUUUGUAUUCUAAUCAGUUUUCUAGUGAUACUGUGGGGUUGCUGGUGUUUUCCACUACAAGGUUUGAUUAAUGGCGAAAUACCUUCUGUACUGCAAAUAUCAACUAUGCAAAAUCUCUGUCUGCCUUACUUUGACUUGAGCAAUAACUGUUUGGAUGUGCUGGGCUCGCUGGUGGGAUUUUAAAUGUUUUUGGUUUCUUAAGGGAACCAAAGUCAAUAUAUUUCCAUGUGUGCCUGCCCCUUUUUGUUUUCUAACUUUCUACAUACCUUUUGUGACGCCACUAUAAUCGAUUCAAAAUGUUUUAACUGAGCUAAACAUUAUUUUCAGCGCUGACUGACUAAUGAUUUGUACCCAUUUAAGUUUGGACUGAUUCUUUUAUAAUUUGAGCAUCUCAAGUUUCAUUUUCUGUUUUUGUUUUUUUGUUUCCAUGUUCGCAUCAUGCAGCAAACCGAGGUGUCAGAGUUUAGGUGCUUAACGGGUAAAUACGCACACGGAUCCACUCAUUUCAGUCAAACUUUGGAAACGAGCCUCGGCUCCUCCGAGUCUGGGAAGAACCCAGCGGGCCAAACAACGAGCGGACCCGGUGUGUCGUUACUCUCCAAAGCCGACAAGCUUCAUUAACUGUCGACGAGACCAAACACCUCCACAGUCUAAGAAUGUGUCCAAAUUGAGGGAUCAAUAUGUUUUCUCUCCGCAACUUUCGAGGUGGGCGAGGAAAGGAGAUUUCUCUGACUUAAAACUCUUGCUUAUUGUUUUUAUUCCUUGUCCUUACGCUUGAACACUAAUCACUAACUUUAUAGAAAACAAGUUGCCAGGAGUUGGAGCUUUAAAAUGAAACAGGAGACAGCUUUUUAUUUUAUUUUGUUUUUGUGUAACUGUAGGUAACAGCUGUGGGAUGUUUGUCCAGUCAUACAUAGUGCUCUGCUGCAUAGUGGUGCAUCGGUAUCCAGCGAGGCUCUGAAACCCUGCUGCGUCGUUCUUUGGGUGCUGAAUCUUUGUUUAGCUCGUUUGGCACCUGUGAGCUCCAGCUGGAUGUGUGAUUAUCUGACAGGUGGAUUCUCCUUCUGUACUGUAGCACCAAGCAGUUCAGCAGUUUCUUUUGCUGUAUUUGAGUUUGGAUUUUUAAUCCCGAGUGAUAUCAAACUACUUUGCUGUGGAAUUUGUUGUGGUUGUUGAGAGCUGACUUAUUAGUGCCCACGUUUCUUAUAUUCAUGUGCCCGCUUUAUAUCUUAAUAAACAUUUAAAAAUGAAA